UUUCUCUUAAACCUCGUCGCUCUUGUUGCCCUCUUUGGUCUUAGUCCAAGAAGGCGACGGCGAUCGGAGAAACCCCUCGAAUCGAACCGAUGACUUCCGCCUCCGUCGAACUGCUAGUGAAGCUAGCCGAGAUCCCCGGCCGCGGCAGAGCUCUCCUUUCCACCCGCCACAUAAAGCCCGGCGAGGUACUCCUCUCCGACUCCCCUCUCCUCCUCUACCCCGCCUCCGCCUCUUCCUCCUUCUGCUCUCGCUGUUUCCGAUCCCUCCCAUCCUCCUCUUCCACCUCCUCCUCCGCUCCGGUCCGUUGCCGCUCCCACUGCUCCUCCUCCCCUGCCGCCGCCUCCUUCUGCUCCGCUCGAUGCCUCGCCUCCCACUCUCCCUUCCUCUGCCUCGCGCUCUCGCACUUUCCCAUUUCUCUCCCGCCCGAACUUCUCUCCCCGGCUCUCUUUCUCCUUGCCGCUUAUGACCUUUCCAUCACCGCCCCCUCUGAUUUCCAUCGCUUGAUCUCCCUCCACGGCACAACCACCUCCGACGUCGAUGCUCCCACCCUUCACUCACUGCUCACCUCUAUACUUCCUUCGCCCCCUGCUGCAUUCUCCCUUGAGCUCACUGCUGCACUCCUUGCCAAGGACAAAGCCAAUGCCUUUGGGUUGAUGGAACCGUUUGACGGUGGGGAUAGACGGGUCAGGGCCUACGGUAUAUAUCCCAAUGCCUCUUUUUUCAAUCAUGAUUGCCUGCCAAAUGCUUGCAGAUUUGACUAUGUCGACCAAGCCAGAGAGAACAACACUGACAUUGUCGUGAGAGCGAUCCACGAUAUUCCAGUGGGCAGAGAAGUGUGUUUGAGCUAUUUCCCAGUUACUUGGAGGUAUUUGGAGAGGCAAACAAGGCUUAUGGAGGAUUAUGGGUUUAGAUGCGAGUGUGAUAGAUGUGUGGUGGAGAAGGAUUGGUCAGAUGAUGACGACGAGGAUGGUGAAGAAAAGGAAGAUGAGGAUGAGGAAGGUAUGGAAGAAGAAGAUGAAGCAAUGGAGAAUAUGGACACAACUGGUGAAGAUGGAGAGGAUGGUAACUUCCCUCAUGCCUAUUUCUUUGUGAGGUAUGUCUGUGACAGGGAGAAUUGUGGAGGAACAUUAGCACCAUUGCCACCAACAGCUGAUGGUUCGCCUUCAAAUCUCAUGGAGUGCAAUGUCUGUGGUAUGUUAAAAACUGAGGAUAAUAACCAGCAGGAUAGACAAAAGUGCAGCAAUGGCUCGAUGCUACACUAAGCAAACUAAGUUCAUUGCCCCCGACAUGGCAGAGUAUCCGAAGUCCAAUUUCUGUCAAAGCCAAGGGCAAUGGUAGAAAGAUGGGAGAAACUAUGAUUUGCUGCUACUGAUUUUUUGUAGUGCCAUGUGUAAUUUUGGAUUUGUAGUUUUUUUUUUUAUUUAUUUAUUCGAACAGAGCUUCAGGGCGUUGAAACACCUGUUUAUUUGUCUCUUUUGGUUCUAAAUAUUUAUAUUCAUGCUUUA